GAGAGAGAGAGAGAGAGAGAGAGAGAGAGAGAGAGAGAGAGAGAGAGAGAGAGAGAGAGAGAGAGAGGGAGGAGGAGGCGAUGGCGCGUGGAUUGGCCAGUGUGGUGGGCUCAACCGAUGAAACGGAGCGGAUUCGGGACUACGUUAAUUAUGUCAAAUCUGAUUUGUUCCUUCGUCCGUAUCAACCUCGCGGAUUGGGAAAGUACACAGCAGAGCGUCCGAUACGGAACUUGCUGAGUUUCCGUUCCACGGCGGUGAAGAUGGUCCUUCGUUCUGCCGACUUCUACACGUUGAUGACUUUGCAUCUGGUCCUUCUGGCGACCUUUCGUGCGAAGGGGAGGUGCCGGGGUCCCGACGGCGAGGUCUUGCGUCUUGGCAACGGCUUUCCCAAGACCACGUGGCCAAGGAUAUCCAACGACAUGUUUCUGAUCUUGGCUCCUCUGCUAGUUUUCGUACUGGUCUUCUACAAUAAUCAGGCGUACAACAGAUUCAUGGAACAAUUCUUCAUCGCCCGACAGAUCGAAGGACGUGUCAAGUACCUGACCAGUCGAUUGCGCGCCUUCUUCCGUCGGGAUCCCUUCCGCGGAGCCGACCAUUCGAUGCGCGCCAUCCUACGAACGCUGGUCGUCGCGCAUUACUGUCUCUACUUCCGUCUUCCAAGGUACAGUAAGCAGAAGAUAGACGAAUGGGGACUAGAGUACCUACGGAAGUGUGGUCUGAUCACAGGGAAGGAGAGGGAGGUGCUGCAGGAGAAGACAGGGCCGGAGAUCAUGGGCGAAGCUCUGGCAUUCAGUACGGAGUUGCUGGGGCAACACGUUCGACGAGGCGACAUCGACACCGUCACUUACGGCCUCUUCGAGGCGGACAUCCAUCGGCUUUCCUACUUCGUGAUGGUCAUCACGGCCUAUGCGAACAAUCCCGUGCCGUUCGCCUACUACCACUUGGCUAGUCUGCUCACGCUGGGGCACUUGGUGCUGAUUAGCUAUUCGUUUGUUCUUUACGAUAGUCUGUUUACCAUAAUAGUCUUCGCGUUGCUGUGCUUGACUAUUUUAGGACUGCGGGACUUGAGCUGCGCCCUUGCGGAUCCAUUUGGCGUUGACGAUACCGAUUUGCCGACGAUCUUGCCGACGGCGAAAGCGCACGCGCUCAGCGAGGCCCUGCUCGAUCGGGAUACCAUUUUCGGUCCAGCUGUCAUAAAGGAGGUACCGGAAAACGAGUCGCGACCGAUCACAGUGGAGGAGUGGGAGGAGGAGGAGGAAAGAGAAAGAUAUGAGGUCACGCGGCGGCAGAGGGUGAGAGCUGGAUCAUGGCAAGAUCAAGAUUUUUCGCGAAGCGGACUACCGGUAGUAAGUCUUCCGUCACUGCGCGCCGAGAGCAGACCGCAUUUGACAGUCUGUCGGGGUCUGGAGCGGGAUCAAAACAGUGAAGACGUGCAUCUGGGUCGGGAUCAGGUUCGGGAUCGGGUUCGGGACACGUGGCCGGUGAGAGCUCGAUCAUGGCAGGAGCAAGAUUCCCUGCACCUGGACAGUGGGAAGAGUAGGAGACAGCAGGUAGGUCGCCUGGAACGGAAUCAAAGUCGGUGUCGGGAUCCGGUUCGGGAGCAGCCUCGAGACACGUGGGGGGUGAGAGCUCGAUCAUGGCACGAGCUAGAUUCCCUGCACCUGGACGGUGGGAAGAGUAGGGGAGUGCAGUUAGCAGCCGCCGGUCGCACGGAACGGAGUCGAAGUCGAGACACGCAUCUGGAUCGGGAUCAACCUCGGCUUCAAGCGCGAGACAUGCGGAGAGUUCACUCACUCCAUCACUAUAUGUUGCAGACGCCUGACACGUGGAGACAGACGCCACUGCACGUGGAGAGCGCGGAGAGGAAACCGCCGUUGACAGCGGGUCAAAGUCAAAGUCAAAGUCAAAACAGGAAUCAGACUUGGGAGGAGGCUCCUCCGGAACAAAAACGUAAUAACGACCAGGUUCCUCCGAGGGAACAGGCUCGCGAAGGGGAUCGGGAUGAUCAAUGGCGGGAUCUGCUCAAGCACUAUCGGAAUCCGUCGUCAUUGCCAGCGCCUCAUGUACUCAGUACCUCUUUGUCUUCGGUUGCUUGUCCUUCUGCGUUGCCGCCCCCUUUGCCUUCUCUAUCUUUGUCUUCGGUUGCUUGUCCUUCUGGUUUGCCUCCCCCUUUGCCUUCUCUACCCUCUCCCUUUCGUCCUUCACGCUCACUCUCCCUCCCUCCUGCAGGAGCUACCACCAUCACAAUUGAUUAGGAGCGAAACACCGUCACAAUUGAUUGAUUAGGCGGUACUUAAAAGUUUGAUC